CUGCUGAAAUUCUCAACAGAGUCCGCCACUCAAGCUAAGCAGAAGAAGUAUUCUCUAGGAAAAGCCCUAAUUCCCUGCUCCGCCAUGGUGAGGAACGUCGUCUCUGACGAAGAAGAAGAUGUGGAGCUCGACGAGGAAGAGAACGAACCCGCAGAUGCAGUUGAAGAUGACGAGGAGGAAGACGAUGAAGAAGGGCAGGAUGAGUACGAAAAGGAUGAUUUCAUAGUGGACGAUGUCGAGGAAGAGCCCGAGGAAGAAGGGAGGGCAGAUAGUGACGAAGAAAGGCAGAGGAAGAAGAAGAGAAAGAAGAAGAGAGAAGCUGAGGUUCUAGAUGAAGAUGACUAUGAACUCCUAAGGGACAACAACGUUUACCCUCAGAGACCCAAAGUCGAUACCAAGAAGUUCAAGAGGCUUAAGAAGGCUCGACGGGACGCAGAUGAUGAUCGGGAUGGGGUUUUUGCGGAGGGAGAUGGAUCUGGUAAGGGUGGGCCUGAAGAAAAACUGAGUCGCACCUUGUUUGACGAUGAUGAAGGACAACGGUUUGAAGAUAUUGCUGAAGAAGAGGAACAGAUGGAAGAGGAGGAGGAAGUUGAAGUUGGAGAAGAUGAUGAUAUGGCAGAUUUCAUUGUGGAGGAAGAAGAACUCGAUGAGCAUGGAGUUCCUGUGAGGCAUAAGAAGGUGAAGAAAAAGAAGUCAAGGCAAUCAUCUGGAGCUUCAUCUUCUGCUUUGCAGGAAGCUCAUGAUAUAUUUGGCGAUGUGGAUGAGCUCAUCAAACUGCGUAAGCAACAAGGAUUAGAUUCGAAUAAUGAAUGGAGGGAAAGGAGAUUGGAAGAUGAAUUUGAACCCUCCGUACUUUCUGAGAAAUAUAUGACUGAGAAAGAUGAGCAAGUUCGACUCAGUGAUAUUCCUGAAAGAAUGCAGAUAUCUGAGGAGAGUACUAGUUCUCCUCCAACUGAUGAAGUCCUCAUCGAUGAUGAGAGCACUUGGAUAUAUAAUCAGCUUGCUAGUGGCGCAACAUCUCUGCAGGGUGUAACCAUUAAUAAAGAUGAUAUCGUCCAGUUUUUGGAGCUACAUCAUGUGCAGAAGUUAGAUGUUCCUUUCAUUGCCACAUACAGGAAGGAAGACUGCUCUAGCCUGUUGAAAGACCCUGGGCAACUUGAGAAUGACUAUGAUAAUCAGGAUAAUGACCAAACACCAAAAUUGAAGUGGCACAAGGUGGUUUGGGCAAUUCAGGAUUUAGACAGGAAGUGGCUCCUCCUGCAGAAGAGAAAAAGUGCACUCCACUUAUACUACGAGAAGCGAUUUGACGAAGAAUCUAGGCGCAUUUAUGAUGAGACAAGACUUAAUUUGAACCACCACCUUUUCAAGUCUAUUAUCAAGGCGUUGGAGGCUGCAGAAUCAGAACGGGAGGUCGACGAUGUUGAUGCUAAGUUUAAUUUGCAUUUUCCUCCAGGUGAGUUAGGUGUGGAUGAAGGGCAGUAUAAGAGGCCUAAAAGAAGAUCACAAUACAGUAUCUGUAACAAAGCUGGUCUAUGGGAAGUUGCUAGCAAGUUUGGCCCUAGUGCGGAGCAGCUCGGCUUAACCUUGUCAUUGUUAGCGAUGAGUUCAGCUUUGGAGGAUGCCAAGGAAACACCUGAAGAGAUGGCUUCAAACUUUACAUGUGCAAUGUUUGAAACUCCACAGGCUGUUCUUAAAGGGGCCAGGCACAUGGCUGCUGUUGAGAUAAGCUGCGAGCCAUAUGUCAGAAAACACAUCCGUGGUGUUUACAUGGAGCAUGCAGUCAUAUCCACCGCUCCAACUCCUGAUGGGAAUACAACAAUAGAUUCUUUUCAUCAGUUUUAUGGAGUGAAAUGGCUGCGUGAAAAACCAAUGAGUGAAUUCAAAGAUGCACAAUGGCUUCUUAUACAGAAGGCUGAAGAGGAGAAGCUUCUUCAAGUGACCUUCAAGCUUCCAGAAAAACGUAUGGAGUUGUUGGUCAAUGAAUGCAAGGAGCUUUAUUGUAGUGAUGGGGUCAGUAAAUCUGCCCAGUUAUGGAAUGAGCAAAGGCAAUUAAUAGUGCAGGAUGCUCUUUUUGGGUUUCUUUUGCCCUCAAUGGAGAAAGAAGCGAGAUCAUUGCUAACAAGCAAAUCUAAGCGCUGGCUGCUUUGGGAAUAUGGGCAAGGUUUGUGGAAUAAAGUGUCUGUUGGCCCAUAUCAAAGAAAAGAAAGUGACCCGUCUGAUGAUGAUGCUGCUCCGAGGGUCAUGGCAUGCUGUUGGGGUCCUGGAAAGCCUGCAACAACUUUUGUUAUGCUAGAUUCCUCAGGGGAGGUGCUGGAUGUGCUUUCUACUGGGUCACUUACAUUGCGUUCUCAAAAUGUUGAUGACGUGCAAAGAAAGAAGAAUGAUCAACAACGAGUUCUCAGAUUUAUGAUGGAUCACCAACCACAUGUGGUCAUACUAGGGGCUGUGAAUUUGUCUUGUACAAGGCUUAAGGAAGACAUGUACGAGAUCAUUUUUAAGAUGGUGGAAGAUAAUCCCAGAGAUGUGGGACAUGAUAUGGAUGAAUUAAGCAUUGUCUACGGGGAUGAGUCUCUGCCUCGCCUAUAUGAAAACUCGCGGAUUUCCUCUGAUCAACUCCCAUCUCAGCCAGGAAUCGUGAAGAGAGCUGUUGCUCUUGGACGCUAUCUCCAAAACCCGCUGGCAAUGGUUGCGACCCUGUGUGGGCCUGAGAGGGAGAUCCUGUCCUGGAAGCUCAACCCACUGGAGAGCUUCCUAACCCCAGAUGAAAAGUACACUAUGGUUGAGCAAGUCUUGGUCGAUGUCACUAGCCAGGUCGGUUUAGAUAUCAAUCUCGCCAUAAGCCACGAAUGGUUGUUUGGCCCCUUGCAAUUCAUAUCGGGUCUUGGUCCAAGAAAAGCGGCAUCUCUUCAGAGGUCACUCGUAAGGGCCGGAGCAAUCUUCACUAGGAAAGACUUUGUCACUACCCACAGCCUAGGGAAAAAAGUGUUUGUCAAUGCAGUCGGUUUCUUGCGUGUUAGACGUAGCGGCCGUGCAGGCAGCAGCAGCCAGUUCAUUGAUUUGCUGGAUGACACUCGGAUUCAUCCGGAAUCUUAUGGCCUCGCUCAGGAGAUGGCGAAAGAUAUUUAUGAAAUGGACAAUGGUGAAGCAAAUGAUGACGAUGAUCUUGAAAUGGCGAUAGAGCAUGUUCGUGAGCAUCCUACUCGGUUGAAGAUCCUCAAUCUCGAUAAAUAUUUGAAAGACAAAAAAAGGGAGAACAAGAAGGAAACGUUUAAGGAUAUCAAAAGGGAUCUGAUACAAGGGUUUACCGAUUGGCGGAAAAGGUACAAGGAGCCAACUCAGGAGGAAGAGUUCUACAUGAUUUCCGGGGAGACCUUGGAGACGCUCUCUGAGGGUAGAAUUGUCCAAGCAACUGUGCGUAGGGUGCUACCUGGGAAGGCAAUAUGCGUGCUGGAGUCUGGGUUGACUGGAAUUCUGACAAGGGAGGACUACGAUGAUGAUUACAGAGAUAUCCACGAGUUGUCCGAGAGGAUUCAUGAGGGGGAUGUGUUCACUUGCAGGAUUAAGGCGAUCGAUAUGAACAGGUACCAGGCAAAUGUGGCUUGCAAAGAGAGCGAAUUGAGGAACAAUCGACUGUCCCAGCAGGUGCAAGAUCUUGACCCGUAUUACCACGAGGAUACAGUUAAUUUGCACAGUGAUCAGGAGAAGGCUCGCAAAGAGAAGGAGCUCGCAAAGAAGCAUUUCAAGCCGAGGAUGAUUGUCCAUCCUAGGUUCCAGAAUAUAACUGCUGAUGAAGCUGUGGAGUUCUUGUCUGACAAGGAGCCGGGGGAAAGCAUUGUACGCCCUAGUUCUCGUGGACCAUCUUUCCUCACUCUGACGCUGAAAGUGUACAACGGAGUUUAUGCCCACAAAGACAUAGUCGAAGGUGGCAAGGAGGUUAAGGACAUCACAAGUCUACUCCGGAUAGGGAAGACAUUGAAGAUUGGGGAGGACAUGUUCGAGGAUUUGGACGAGGUAAUCGAUCGGUAUGCAGAUCCUCUUGUGGUUCACCUGAAGUCGAUGCUAAACUACCGCAAGUUCAGAAGGGGAACAAAGGCAGAGGUAGAUGAACUCCUGAAGAUGGAGAAAUCAGAGUAUCCCAUGAGGAUAGUCUAUUCCUUCGGCAUUUCCCACGAGCAUCCUGGCACGUUCAUCCUAACUUACAUCAGAAGCACGAAUCCACACCACGAGUACGUGGGCUUGUACCCGAAAGGAUUCAAGUUCCGCAAGAGGAUGUUCGAGGACAUCGAUAGGCUCGUCGCUCACUUCCAGAGGCAUGUAAACGAUCAACUCCACAAAUCAGGGCCGUCCAUUCGAUCGGUCGCUGCCAUGGUUCCAAUGCGUAGCCCAGCAGGUGGCGGGUCUUCUGGAGAUGGCGGUGGCUGGGGUUCGAACAAUGACGGUGGUGGAUGGAAAGGAGGAGAAGGAGACCGCUCUUCCGGUAAACGGAAUGAUUAUCGAAAUGGUGGUGGUGGGUGGAGCUCUGGUUACGAUCGUCCCAAGUGGGACUCUGGUGGCCGUGGUGGUGGCAACAACAACGAUACUAGUAGCUGGGGCAGCUUUGCAGGCAACAGAGCUCAAAACUCACCUACCAGAGAAUCCGGAGGCGGUGGUGGUGGGUGGAGCUCUGGUGGUGGCGGAGGAGGAAACAGUGCUCGUGACAGUUCCGGCUGGGGUGGCGGCGGCGGUGAUGAUGGAAACUCAGGGUGGGUUAGUAGUUCGAGGGUGGGGUCGGCACCGCCGCAAUCGGACAGUGGAUGGGGCAGCGGUUGGUGACGGAAGGGGGCAAAAUAUGGUCGGCGGUUUGGUUUCUACUUUCUAGUUAGAAUGAAAGCAACUCUCCUGUGAAUAGUAACUAAAAUAUACGUAGAAAGCAAGAAGCUGCUCUAAUCUUUUGCUCUUAUUUUGCUACGGUUGACUGAACUGAACACAAUCCGUUUUGAAGCCAAAAUAAUGUUGUUCAGUCUAUUAUAGAAAAGCAGCUUUUCGCCUCCGGAGAAAAGCCAUUUAGUACCGCGAGUAUUUCCG